AUGUGGGGAGAUUUCAGCGAUGAAUCAAAUGAGGAGAAAAAGCGCAAAACGGGCAGCAGCCGGUUAAUCAUUUUGCUUGUGGUGUUGGUUAUUCUGAUGUCUACAAUUUUUGGCCUCGUAAUGUACUCUCAAGUCCCUGGAGAAAGCCAAAAAGAGAACCAAAUAUCAGACAAAAGCAUCAAAUUGAGUACACCACAAUUCGCUCACAAGAUCAAAGAAACAAACCAAGCUACUGUUUGCAUGACGGACAAAUGCAUCAUUUCAGCAAGCAGGAUUAUUUCAUCUAUGAAUUCAAGUGUGGAUCCGUGUCAUGAUUUCUACCGGUUUGCGUGCGGCGGAGACAUUGACUCUCAGCAAAUUUCGGAAAGAGGAUCAACCAGCGCCAUGGGCGAGCUGGAAGAACUUGUUGAACAUCGAGUCAGGAAAAUUUUUGACGAAGGAAUUUCUGCGUCAAUGCCUGAAACGGUGAAACAGGCGAUCGACUACUACGAAAAAUGCAUUGACGAAGGCACGCAAAAUGAAAAUGGGACGUUGUCGAUGUUCGUGCUGCUCGAAUUAAUGGGUUUGCCACGAGUAAAGACGAAUUACAGCCCCCAAAAUAAGCCAUGGCCCGAGGUCUUGAUUCAAGGAGACAAAAUAACUGGAAAAACUCCGUUCUUUUCCAUUGAAAUCGAACAGAAGAACGGAUCAAGUUAUUUGACGUUUAAGAGGGAAAUGAUUAAAACUAAGACUGGAGGGAAAAAACUUUUCAAUUUCUACUCCUCUCUGGUGAAAAUUGCCGCUGAUUAUCACGAUAAUGAAGCUUGGAUGCUUGUGGAUGAACUGCAGAAAUUAACCGACGGACAAAAUGUCACAUUGAACGAAACACGGUUAGACUGGAAGAAGUUCCUGACGAGCUUCUUGGAAGACUCCUUUUUUAAGUUCGACCUGGAGAAAGACAAAAUCCUUGUCAGAUCUCCAUCUCGUGCAAAAGAAUUGUUUCUUAUGCUGAACAGCAAGAAAAAUAUAAAUAAAAUUGAUUUGUUCACCUGGUUCUUUUACUACUACUCGAUGGCUCCUUACACGAAGACUGAAUUUCGAGAUAAAUACUUCGAGAUGGACCCUAUCGCCAGAUUGAACGGUCCUAUGCCAACAGACUUGAAGACGAGGUGCACCAAGCUGGCCUGCGACCUUUUCCCGGACGCAAUCAAUUAUGAAUACCUGAGUAGAUAUUUUGACGAAGAAAGAAAGCAAAAGACGGAGAGGAUGGUGGAUGACAUUCACCAGGCAUUCAUCCAGCUGAUCACGGAUCUAGACUGGAUGGACGAACAGACCAAAAGGUUGGCCCUGGACAAACUUGACGCUGUCAAGCCGAAUAUCGGAUAUCCAGAAUGGUUGUUCAACCCUGCAGUUCUUGACGAGCGAAACAUCUUUCUUAAGGAUGUCAAAGAAGACUGGCUGAACAUGAAUUUGAAAGCAUACAUCGCGGCCACCAAAAAAUUCGAUCUAUCUUUGAAUUACGCAUCUCUUGGAGCGAUCAUAGGGCACAAACAGUUCAUGAACUGUUUCGACAACAUUGAUCAAACUAUUGACAAAAAUGGCGAGCAAAAGAAUUGGUUUUCAAAUGAAACCAUGGGAAAAUUCGAUGAGCACGUCCAGUGCAUGAUCGACCAAUACAGCCAAUUCCACUUGCUUGAAUUUGGAGCCAACCUGAAUGGCGCUCAAACCAUCGGUGAAAACAUGGCCGACAAUGGAGGCCUGCGUGAGGCUCUCAUUGUCUACGACUGGUUUAAAAAUCGCCAGACGCACAUUGACGAUGGCACUGAAAUCCUUCCUGACCCUGAACCUUACCUGCCAGGUCUCACCGGCUACUCGCACAAGCAACUUUUCUUCCUGGGCUUUGCCAAUAUGUGGUGUCAAAAUGAAUCGCUGUUCAGUUUAUUUAGCCUAAGGUUAAAAGACAAGCAUAGCCCUAGUCGCAAUAGGGUCCUCGGAACCCUGGCCAACAACAAGGAGUUUGCUGAAGCGUGGAAAUGCCCUGUCGGAUCGAAAAUGAAUCCAGUUGACAAGUGCAUCGCUUGCUAG